AUGAUGUUAACAAUACAUGGAUUACCUCCAAAUACCAAAUUCCAGGAUUUGAAAAAUAUAAUUAAGCAAGAGUGUAAAAUUACUGAUUUCAUUCUGAGUCCUUUGAAUGUUGACCCAGAUGGUACAAAAAGAGUAAGGAUAGGUCUUGCCGAUGACAAGGAAGGCAACCUCUUGAUGAAAUAUUUGGAUCGAUACAGAUUAUCUGGAUAUGUUCUUAGAGUAGUUCCUGUUGGAAAGCAAACAAUUGAUAACCCACAGCAAAAUACAUUUCAUGAUGGUAGUCAUCAGUGGACUGGUAACCAGCAAAGACUGGAUCCUGUACAAAAUCGACCUAUGGCUUGGUCUGAUGGACAUGGUAAUCAGCAGUGGAUACCAAACCAACAAGCUGCACCAUUGCAAAUGCAGGCUCAUAGUAGUUUCGGUUAUGUGCAACCAGCUAGUGGUGUUCAACAACAAUACUUCCAUCAGCAAGGAACACACACACAAAAUAAAGUAUUUGGACAACAAGAAAGGUUUCCACAGGUCAGAGGUAUGCAACAACAAGUCUAUGGCUCUCCAAAAGAUCAGAGCACAAGAAAUACAACUUCAAAUUUGAUUACGCCCCAAAGAGUAUCUCAAGGUAGACCACAUGUGCUUACCAAUGUAGAGAUUAUAGACCAGCAUGCAGUCAGACAAUCUGCUCAAGGCAGUAGAUUUCAGGGCUACAACCCUCCAGAUAAGCCGGUGACAAUAUUGAAAGACAACUUUCAAGGACCAACACAGCAUAAUGUGGGUCAGCCUAAUCUUAAUGUAAAUUACCAAGGUCAGGGAUAUGGACAACAAUGGUCAGCUCAAGGCCAACCACAGAAAGUGGAACCGUUUCCAAAACACAGUCCAUCGUAUUUCGAUAAAUCUGGGCAACAUGAAAAACUGCAAGUUUUUCAUGACCAGGGUGGGCGAAGGUUUUCGCCACAACGUGAUCAAAUGACACCCGUGGUCGGGCGCAGAGUUUCGCCUGGGCGUAGAGUUACACCACCAGGACACAGAAUUUUACCUCAUGGGCGCGCAAUUUCCCCUCCUCAGCGUCGAAUUUCACCUUCUGGACGCAAAAUGUCACCAUCAGGGCGUAGAAUUUCCCCAUCAUGGCGAAAAAUCUCGCCAUCUGGUCGUAGAAUUUCGCCACCUGGACGAAGAAUUUCACCAACCGGUCGGAGAAUGUCACCGUCUGGUCGGAGAAUGUCACCGCCUGGUCAUAGAAUCUCACCUUCCGGUCAAAGAAUGUCACCAUCCGGUCGAAGAAUGUCACCAUCCGGUCGAAGAAUGUCACCAUCCGGUCGAAGAAUGUCACCAUCUGGUCGAAGAAUGUCACCAUCUGGUCGCAGAAUAUCGCCUCAUGAGAGAAGAAUUUCACCACCAGUAAGAAAGAUGUCGCCUUCAGAAAGAAGAAUCACUUCACCUGGGCGAAAAAUUCCUCAAGGCGAGAGACAUGGGGGACAUCGGUUGUCACCAAGAAGAAUGUCGCCAAGCAAUCAACCAAUUACUAGAAAAAUAUCACCUGGUAGACGUUCGCCUAAUCGUGGACAUUCACCAAGGGGAUAUGAUAGGUAUUCGCCAUCUCGUAUUGAGAAGCAAAUGGGUAACAUACGCCCUGGUCCUGACAAGACCGUUCGGCCCGCCUACGAGCCCGUUUCACAGGCGCAAAGUCAACCCAUGUAUCCAGGUGGUUACCCUCCGAAUGCCCGUGAAAACGUCCAAUACCCCGUAUCAGGUCCACGUCAAGGUGAUCAACGGCCCACGUGGCAAGACAGAGAGAAACCUUAUACGUCAUCAGGGAAACCUGAUGGUGAUAGACGAGAUGUUACUAGGGUGCAGAAAUUUGACGGGCCAAGGGAAUACCCAAGAGGCCUGAUGAACCUGCCUGAGACAAAAAUUAGUUCACCAAGUCGUAUGUCCCGUUCUCCAACUCGAAGAGACCGCUCACCUAUCAGAGAUCGGUACAGAAGACAUUCACCUUCUCCACGUUCUCCACGUCGUUCCUGGGCUUUAGAAAAGCGACGUAGUCCUGAAAAUCAUGAAGCACCCCCGCCACCAUCUUGGCCUAUACCAGAACGACAGGAACCCCCUUACGUAAAGCCAAGUCAUCCAAAUGAAAAAAGAACUGGUAACAUAGCGGUUUGGGAUAAACCGUAUGAAACCAAAGUUAAUCCACCAUUUCCCCGCAAAGAAGAACAUCUUGUUCAUGAACGCGAAGACAGAAGAUACUUUACUAGUCCAAGUCGAUCACGUUGGGAUUUGCCGCAAACAUCUGCAGCGCCCGAUUUAAAAGGACCACACAGGGAACCAUCUCCAAGGCAGUUCAGACACGGUGAUCGGUAUCCGCAAAGUCAACGGGAACCAAAAUUUUCUUCCCGUGAUGAAUAUGAGUCACAACAUCAAAAUGAAUUUCAAAAGCAAGGGUUUCACGAGCGUGAUCACCAUGUGGACCGCCGUGAUUCCAGAGACAUAAUAAAACAGGAUAUUGACAGCUUGCGUCAUAAAACCGACGUACAACACAGAAGAGAUGAUUACCGUCAACGGUUUGACGAAAGUAAAAGUGGUUUGCCAAUCGGGCCGGAUCUUAACAGAGAAAUAGAAGAUGUCUUCAAGAGAGCCGCAGAACUCACGAAGAAAACCGAAGAAUAUCAAAGAAAAAGAAGUGAGAAAAGUACAAAGGAUCGCAACCGUCAUGUGAUGGAGUCGAAAGAUUCAAGGAUCACUGAUCAUCAUCGGACGUCCAGUCCCUCUAGCCGCGACUUGUAUGCCACUACUGAAACUUUAUAUAAUAGAAACCAGGGGCACCCUCAUGGGCCUCGCAAUUUUGAUCUAAGUGCCAAAAUCCAGUACAAAAGGGAUAAAGCAGUCGAUGAAAUUACGGGAAAAAUGAUGCAUAAAUUUGCUCCAGAUAUUAAAGGAAAGAUUAGAGAUGAAGUGGAAGAGCUUGUGAAGUUAUCUAUAGAGAAUAUGGUUUUUGAAAUGUUUGGCGACAAAGAUGUCUCAUUUAUAGAAAUCGUCAUUAAGUUCGAGGAUAGGUACAGAACCAAAGAUUUGGAGCAGAUAUUUGAUAAUGUUCUGUCAGGAUUUCCGGCAGAAAUUAGGAGGAUGAAACGGUCUGCACCAGAUGAAUCGCAUAUUCCUGCUAAAAAACAAAGGCGUUCUCGUAGCCCCAACAUGAAAAGAGAUAUGAUCGAACCACCUGUGGAAUCUAGGCUUUCAGAUUGGAAUUUGAAUUUUGGAAAUAUGAUUCCGGCGCCGACAUUAAUUCAACAGAUGCCCGUCAUGGCACCAGUUCCGAUGAUGGUUCCAAUGCCGUAUGCGAUGAGUCAACCUGAGCUCGAUCCUAUGAUGCCGCAAGAGGGGUAUCAAUUGUUUCUGUGCAAGGACAAUUUUCAGGCUUUCAACGAAAUGCAGGCGGACUAUUUAAAGGACUUUAUCGUUCGUAAAAUAAUACAGGCGACUGAGUCUUGUAACGCUUGGGCACCAGAUUUAACGCUAAGAGGACUGCAAAACGAAAUACGCUACGAGAUCUGGACUCGCGAUGAACAAUCUAAAGAUUGGCUGUUGAACAUGGAUUUCAAUGAUUUCUCCUUCUUUAAUGUAUUGGUUUAUACGUCCGAGGAGCUUUGGCACGAGCGCGCGGCUAUUUGGCUUCCGGAUCAUCCGAGAAAGCAAAUAAUGCCACCGUUGGACAAGCUGAAACUGCAAAAUCGAUUCUUGACAAAUGUCAAUAUCGAUAAGUGGAAGCUUGUCAAGCAAAUAGUUACCGAGAAAGGGACCAGGUUAUACGUCGACAUGCCGCCGUCUUCGGCUCGCGCUCUCGAAACCCAUAAAAUGACUUUAAGCUACGAACUAUCGAAAGUUACAGUUUUCCUUAAAGCGGCUGCCGUUGAUAAAAAUGCAUUCGACGCUGGUCUCGAUGAAAAAUCGGUCACGGUCACACCGGAUCUAUACAAACAGAAUACACCAAUGCCAGCAAUCAAUAGCCACGAUUCAAACACAGUGAAAUUUUGUUUGUCUGGCAACACUCCCAUAAAUCUCGCAACAGCAAGAAGAAUUAAGGAAUCAAUAAUUUAUAACAUGUAUAAGUAUCUACAACAGGGCGGAAGAAGCAAAACUGAUUUUCUCAAAUACGGAUUCUGUAAGCCAGGCUACUUUUGCGUAAUUCCAGAAAACGAAGAGUCAAGAAAAUGGCUAAAUGUAAUGCACUUUGGAAAAAUUAAUCAACAAUUUAUCACUGUUUAUGGAGCUGAUAAUAGCAAUGUUAAAUACAUAUCCGUAACGAUGUCUUUGCCCUGUGAGCCAAAUUUGACACCCAAAAACGUUUUAGAGAAGCUGAAAUUGAGUAAUCGUGGUGUUAUAGGUCUGAAAUUCCAUUUAUGGAAGAAUGGCUUUAUUUCCGCACAAAAGAAAAGGAUGACAUACAGUGUUGAUGUGGACUUGGAAUCAAUAGAGACUCUUGUCAACCUUAAAUUAAUUUUAGAUUAUUCAUAUAAUAAUCGUAACGAGACAGUUUUCGUAAAAUCUAAACAUUCUGUGACACAACUAAAAGAAAUUGUAAACCAACAUAGAGCUGCAUUAGAUGACAAGCAAGAGGUAGUCAAUAUGGAUAUAUCAACAUCGGAUGACGAAAGUGUAGUCUGUUUAGAUUGA